AAUGUGCGAAAAACAUGAACUUCGGACACAGCUGACACCAGCUGUUCGCACUUCUAAUUUCUAUCGGACAGGACCCAGUACGCAAGCAGGUGGGUGGGUGUGAAAGAAGAGGAGACAGUUAAAAAGCAACGAGAAUUUAAAGCAACCACGCCACCAGUUAUUUCUAUUCGCGCCGACAUCAUAUCCAAGGGACCACUGUAAGAAAACAGUUUGAUAACCAAGCAAGUAUGCAAGCAUCGACAGGCACACCCGAAAACGAACACAAGUGGAAAUUCGCCCAAUGUUUUGGUGAUAAAGGCGACUCUGAAGAUAUCACCGAAGCCGAUAUCAUUUCAGCUGUGGAAUUCGACCAUACCGGUGAUUACUUGGCAACGGGUGAUAAAGGAGGAAGAGUAGUGUUGUUCGAACGUAACGAAAGCAAAAAAAGCUGCGAGUACAAGUUCCACACAGAGUUUCAGUCGCAUGAACCCGAGUUUGAUUAUCUAAAGAGUUUGGAGAUUGAGGAAAAAAUCAACAAAAUCAAGUGGUGUCGACGUACGAAUGCUGCUCAUUUCCUGUUAACCACAAACGACAAGACAAUCAAACUUUGGAAAGUAUUUGAACGUAACUUGAAAGUGGUUCAACAAAUGAACCUGACCGAUGGGGAACCCAAGCCAGUUGCUCCUGUUGCGCGUCCUUUAACGCUUCCGAAAUUGAUGCACCACGAUACCAUCAUUGCCGCAAUUCCUAGAAAGACAUAUGCUAAUGCGCAUGCUUAUCAUAUCAACUCGAUAUCCGUGAACUCCGAUGGGGAGACCUACAUUUCGGCGGAUGACCUUCGAAUUAACUUGUGGAAUUUGGACAUAUCAGAGCAGAGCUUCAAUAUCGUUGACAUCAAGCCGGCCAAUAUGGAAGAGUUGACUGAAGUGAUUACAGCCGCUGAAUUUCAUCCAUGGCAAUGCAAUCUCUUUAUGUACAGCAGCAGUAAAGGAACGAUCAAAUUGGCUGACAUGAGAGAAUCCGCUUUGUGUGACCAAAAUGCUAAAAUUUUUGAGUCGGCCGAAGAUCCUAACAACCGAUCCUUCUUUUCCGAGAUUAUUUCUUCCAUAUCCGAUGUCAAGUUUAGCGCAGACGGUCGAUAUAUCUUGGCACGCGAUUAUCUGACUUUGAAAUUAUGGGAUAUCAAUAUGGAAAAGAAACCCGUUCAGACCAUCAAUAUCCAUGACCACCUGCGAAGCAACCUCUGUGACUUGUACGAAAAUGACUGCAUCUUUGACAAAUUUGAGUGUAACUUUAGCGGUGAUGGAAAGAACUUGACGACAGGUUCCUACAGCAACAAUUUCUACAUUUACGAUCGUGAGACCUUGUCGGAGAUCAAUCUUCAGGCGGAUAAGAGCGCGUUCAAAGCGAAGAGAUUGGGUUCCGCUAAGAACAAGAUGACUUUAGCCGGUCCACGUAACGGCGGCAUGAAGGGACGAAGAGAUGAUGCGGAUUCGAUCGAUUUCAAUAAGAAGAUCCUCCACGCUUCGUGGCAUCCAAGAGAAAACACGAUUGCUGUCGCAGCAACAAACAAUCUCUUUAUCUUUACCGAGUAAGCAUUAUGUUAAAUACGACCUGUUUUGGGUGUUCUUCUUCCGAGUAUCAUAUUGCUUUCAAGGCUGUAAAUAAGUUUUCAUACUCAAAUAACAAUGAGUUAAUAGUUGGUUUAGGCUUUUUCUUUGUUUUAUUUUCCUAUGUUUGUCCUCUUCUUGGAUCAACUUGAAUAAAAUUCAUCUAACCGUACAGUUUGAUAAACCCC